AUGUUCCACGUCCGCGGUCCGACUGGGGACUACGGACCAAGUGCUUGCCUCAAGCUCUUGCCACGAACAGAACCAUGUCGCGAAAACAAGGUGGGACAAUUGAAAGAGCGCUUUCGCGACUGUCGAAUUGCUUUUGGCCAAUCGAGGCGAUGCGAAGUUGAAUGCAAACUUGCCGUUCACUCUUCACGUCGUGGCCAGAUGCAACCGUAA